AUGGCUGAAUAUAAUAGCACACAUAAGAGAUCGGAAGACGACAAUGCAUCAGCCGGAUCACAGGCGACAGUUGCCACAGCUACUGAAAAGAUAUACGUAGAAAAUGGUGGAUUUGGUGAAAGAAGUAUAAAUGAAGUAAACAUUCAAGGAGCUAUUGAUGAAUAUAAUGAUCUGAAGCAAGAACUUUCUCGGAUCAGUCGUCAAACAUCAGUCAAUCCUCAAAAACUCGAAGGAGGCCAAGCUCAAGAAGAUGAAUUCAGUCUAAAUGAGUUUUUGCACGGCCUUUCAGAGAGCCAAAAGCACGCUGGACACCAUCCAAAGCAUUUGGGUGUAAUCUGGAAGAACCUCACGGUUGAGGGUCUAGGUGCAGGUGCUCACACAAUUCCUACUAAUAUUAGUGGUAUUCUACGAGGCCUCAAAUUUUGGAAGCUUUUUGGCAUUGGUGCGCACAACACUACAAAGGUCAUCAUCAAAGAUCUUACAGGCUUUGUCAAGGAAGGUGAAAUGCUUCUUGUCCUUGGUCGUCCCGGUGCUGGCUGUACCACUCUUCUGAGGGUCAUCUCCAACAUGCGUGGUUCAUUCACUUCCGUUAAGGGAACCGUUAGUUAUGGUGGUGUCGACCCUAAGACAUUUGAAAAAUACUACCGUGGCCAAUCAUGUUAUAAUGCUGAAGAAGAUCAACAUUUCCCUGUGCUGACUUUGAAACAGACUUUACAGUUUGCACUAAGAAACAAAACGCCCGGUGCUCGAUUACCUGACGAAACAAAGAAAGAAUUUGUCAACAAGAUUCUCUACAUGCUUGGUAACAUGUUGGGUCUUUCAAAGCAAAUGCAUACCUUGGUCGGUAAUGCCUUCGUCCGAGGUCUUUCCGGCGGUGAACGUAAGCGUUUAUCAAUUGCGGAACAGAUGGUCACACAAAGUACAAUCAACUGUUGGGAUUGCUCUACACGCGGAUUAGAUGCUGCCUCUGCUUUGGACUUUGUUCGCUCACUUCGUAUCAUGACUGAUGUGCUCAAGAAGACGACAGUUGCUACCUUAUAUCAAGCCUCUAAUAGCAUGCUCAACUUGUUUGACAAGGUCCUCAUCUUGGAUGACGGUUACUGUCUUUACUUUGGCCCUGUCUCUGAAGCUAAGCAGUACUUUGAAGACUUGGGCUUUUACUGCCCUCCUCGUAAAUCCACCCCAGACUUCCUUACUGGUAUUAGCAACCCAUUAGAACGUGAGAUCAAGCCUGGUUACGAAGACUCUGCUCCACUUCAAGGUGCUCAGUUCCAAGCUCGCUAUUAUAAAUCAUCCAUCUACCAACGUAUGAUGAAAGAGUUGAGCGACUACGAAAACCUUAUUGAAUCCGAAAAUCCUGCAGAAAAGUUCAAGAAGGCUAUUGAACAAGAACAUCAAAAAUAUGCUCCCAAUAGCUCACCUUACACUGCCUCAUACUAUCAGCAAGUCAAGGCUCUCACCAUUCGCCAGUAUCAUCUUCAGAUCAAGGAUACAACAGCUCUCAUUUCUCGUUAUGGCACAAUUCUCGUACAAGCUCUAAUUACUGCUUCCUGCUUCUACAACGUCCCACAUGAUGGAUCUGGUGCGUUCUCUCGAAGUGGUGCUAUCUUCUUCUGUAUGUUGUUCAAUGCUCUUGUCUCUCAAUCUGAACUUAUUGGCUUUUUGACGGGUCGUCCUGUUUUAGAAAAACAUAAGCAGUAUGCUCUUUAUCAUCCUUCAGCAUUUUAUAUUGCACAAGUCAUCAUGGAUAUACCCUACACAUUUGCUCAAGUUGUCAUAUUCUCUCUUUGCUCCUACUUUAUGAUGGGCUUAACCUUAACAGCAGGAAGAUUUUUUACAUUCUUCAUUUGCUUAUUCUUUAUCAACAUGUGUAUGAAUGGUUUCUUUAGAAGUUUUGGUGCUGCCACAUCCAGCUUUUUCCUUUCAACACAAAUUUCUAAUGUUGUGCUGAUUGCAACUAUUUCUCUUUGUGGUUAUGUUAUCCCAUACGGUUCAAUGCAUCCUUGGCUCUCAUGGGUUUACUGGAUCAGUCCUUUUGCCUAUGGUUAUAAAGCUCUUCUCUCCAACGAAAUGAAAGAUCAAAUCUACACCUGUGAAGGCCCCGGAAACUCUGUUCCUUAUGGCCCAGGCUAUGAUGACUGGAAUUACAAGGUCUGUACACUGAAAGGAGGUUUACCAGGAGAAAACUUUGUACUCGGUGACAACUACUUGAAAGAAGCACUCAAAUGGAACACAAAGGAUCUCUGGGCUCCCGACUUUGUUGUUGUUGUUGCUUAUUUCCUUGCUUUCACUCUCUUUGCCGCAGUCGUUAUGGAAUUUGGUGGCUUAAAGUCUGUCGGUAACUUGACAAAGCUCUACAAGCCUGGAAAGGCUCCUAAGCCUCGCACGCCUGAAGAGGAAGAAGAGUAUCGCCGUCAACAAGCAGAGAGCAAUAUUGCUAUGGACAAGAUCUCUACCGGUACUACUUUCUCUUGGCAAAAUAUUGAUUAUACUGUUCCCAUCAAGGGCGGUGAAAUUCAGCUCCUAAACCACGUUAGUGGUAUUGUUAAGCCUGGCCAUCUUACUGCUCUUAUGGGAUCCUCUGGUGCUGGUAAGACCACUCUUUUGGAUGUCUUGGCUCGUAGAAAAACAGUUGGUAAAAUCGAUGGUCGUACUUACUUGAAUGGUGAAGCCCUCUUGGAUGACUUUGAGCGAAUCACUGGCUACUGUGAACAGAUGGAUAUUCAUCAACCUGCUGUGACAGUUAGAGAGGCACUUCGAUUCUCUGCUUACUUGCGUCAACCUGCGGAAGUAUCCAAGCAAGAAAAGGAUGAAUAUGUUGAACAAAUCAUCCAGUUGCUGGAAAUGAAUGAUAUUGCUGAUGCUCAGGUUGGUGAGGUUGAGACUGGUUUUGGUAUCUCUGUAGAAGAGCGCAAACGCUUGACAAUCGGUAUCGAAUUGGUAGGCAAGCCUCAACUCUUAUUCUUGGACGAACCUACCUCUGGCUUGGACGCUCAAAGCUCGUACAACAUCAUUCGAUUCAUCCGUAAGCUUGCAGAUGCCGGCUGGCCUGUUCUCUGUACUAUUCAUCAACCCUCUGCUAUCCUUUUUGAACACUUUGAUCACUUGUUGCUGUUGGUUCGUGGUGGGCGUACAGCCUACUAUGGUGAGAUCGGUAAGGACGCUCGUACCAUGAUUGACUACUUUGAACGUAAUGGUGGACCUAUCUGCUCUCCUUCAGCUAACCCUGCCGAAUACAUUCUCGAAGUUGUUGGUGCUGGUACUGCUGGCAAAGCAACAAAGGAUUGGGCCGAUGUCUGGACCAACUCUUCUGAAGCCAAGGAUCUGGAAGAAGAAUUAGAAUGCAUUCAUCAAACAGCCGACCAGAAUCCUAACCGCAAGGCUCUUCCCUAUGCUACCUCCUUCUUGACUCAAUUUUACCUGGUUCACAAGCGUAUGGCUCUUGCCUAUUGGAGAUCUCCUGACUACAACAUUGGUCGAUUCAUUACGGUUAUGGCCACUUCAUUACUGAAUGGAUUCACCUUCUGGAAGCUGCAGAAUAGCACCGUCGACUUGCAGAAUAGACUCUUUGCUCUGUUCAAUGCUUUCCUGAUCGGUUACGUCCUUGUCCUUCUUGCUCAACCUAAAUUCAUGACUGAGCGUCUCUUUUUCCGAAAAGAGUAUGCUUCACGACUUUAUGGCUGGCUUCCUUUUGCGAUCUCCUGUGUUCUCGUCGAAAUCCCAUAUAUUCUCGUCUUUUCUGCCUUUUAUAUGUGUGGAUUCUACUGGACCGCUGGUUUAGCCAAUAUAUCAGAGGCCGCCGGCUACUUUUACAUCAUGCUCGUCUUCUUUGCUGCGUGGGCUGUCACUUUUGGUUUCUCUGUCGCGGCCUUCUUUGAAAGCGGUGUGUUGGCUGGUGUAUCUACUCCUGUUAUCAUCUCUGUGCUGUAUCUGUUUGCUGGUAUGUUCAAUCCUCCCAGCAUGAUGCCUCGCUUCUGGACUGCUUGGAUGUACUGGAUCGAUCCUUUCCAUUACUUCAUUGAAGGUUUAGCUACCAACGAGUUGUCUCAUAUCAAAGUACAAUGUAAUACUGAUGACUUUGUCAAGUUCUUGCCUCCUAUUGGCCAAACGUGUGCUCAAUAUACACAAAGGUUCUUUGAAUAUGGUGCCACCGGCUAUAUCGCUAAUCCCAAUGCUACUCAGCCAGAGUACUGUCAAUACUGCAAAUUCAAUACAGGUGAAGAGAUGUACAAAACUACCUAUGGCUGGGACGCGGCCAACAAGUACAGGGACCUUGGUGUCAUGGCUGCCUUCAUUGCCUUUAAUGUUAUCUUCUUUAGUGUCAUGGUGUACUUGAAGCGUAAAGGAAGACGUUAA